AUGGCUAAGAAGUUCUUGAUUGCCGGCAUUUCAGUUAUUCUCGUUGUAGCAAUUGUAAUUGGUGUUAUCGCCACUAUCACUCACUCAAACCAAAAGACCGGCAACAAUGCAACAAGCAUUGCCUCAGCCUCACAUGAUGUCACCGGCAUUUGCACAGGAACUGACUUCCAAGAAACAUGUGUGAAGAGCCUCUCCAAAGUCCUAAACGGUACCACCUCUCCUCAAGACGCUCUAAAGGCUUCAAUUGAGGUUGUUAUAGAUGAAUUCAAUGCUGCCGUCAACCGUGCACGUGAAAUCCAGAAGAAAGUUGCCGACAAGUAUCCCGGUGCAGUUUCUGACUGUGAGCUUCUUCUUUCUAAGUCACUGGAUAAUCUCAAUGCCGCAUUGACAUCCUCCGGUCACACCGAUAAAUUAUCGAGUUAUGCAAAUGAUAUCGAUAAUUGGCUUAGUGCCGUUAUCGCCUCCAAAGGGACAUGUGUCGAUGGGUUCUCUAAUGAUCAAGCAUUACAGAAAAAUAUCAGUGGUGUCUUUGAUUACAUGACUGAGUUAAUUAGUAAUUCACUAGCCAUACUUCAAGAGGUCACAACACUUCUUGAUCAAGUUCAGAAUUUGCCGAACAUUUUAAUACCAACAUCUCAACGGAGACUGCUUUCCGAGGAAGAGGUUUAUCCUGCACAUCCUGAUGGCUUCCCGGUGUGGCUAUCUCCGGCUGACAGGAGAUUAUUAAGACAAAGGAAUGGACGUGUGAGGCCUAAUAUGGUGGUGGCUCAAGAUGGAAGUGGAGACUAUAAGAGCAUCAAUCAGGCUCUGAAGAACUUACCUAAGAGGUACAGAGGCAGGUUUGUGAUAUAUGUGAAGGCAGGGAGAUACCAUGAAAAGGUGGUGAUAGAAAAGUGGAUGACAAAUAUUAUGAUGUACGGUGAUGGAUCGAGGAAGACGGUGAUCACCGCUAAUUCUUACAAAGAUGAUAAAAGUGGUAGUACCACUUUCAACAGCGCCACUUUCUCUGCGCUGGGGAAUGGAUUCAUUGCAAGGGAUAUUGGGUUCAGUAACACAGCAGGACCGGAGAACCAUCAAGCAGUGGCGCUGACGGUGACAUCAGACAUGUCGGCUUUCUUCCGGUGCAGGAUUGAUGCUUACCAAGAUACAUUAUAUGUUCACUCUGAACGGCAAUUCUACCGGAACUCUGUCAUCUCCGGCACGGUUGACUUCAUUUUCGGUGACUCGAAGACGGUAAUACAAAAUUGUCUAAUUAUCGUACGUAAAGGAAGUCCUGGCCAGAAGAACAUGGUGACAGCUCAAGGUAGGGAUCUCCGACGACAAGGUACUGCUUUGGUUAUCCAAAAUUGCAGGAUUUUGCCAGACAGAAGCCUCUUCCCAAAGAGAUUAGAGAUUGAAAGCUACCUUGGAAGGCCAUGGAAAAUAUAUUCAAGAACUAUCAUCAUGGAGAGCACCAUUGGUGACUUAAUCAGGCCUGAAGGAUGGUAUGCAUGGGAUGAAACGAGUCCGGUGAAGUAUGUGUAUUAUGGUGAGUAUAACAACCGAGGUCCCGGCGCUAACACUCACCGGCGAGUGAAAUGGCCCGGCGUUAGAGUCAUCAGCCGGAGGGAGGCCCUUAUGUUCACAGCUAAUAGCUUGCUUAAUGCUCGGACUUGGUUGAGGCUCACCGGAAUUCCUUACCUUCAAACGUUCAAGAAUUAA